CAACAGUGAGCGGGUAUUCACGUAAAUUUAGUCGGAUAUUGUGGAUAUUUUGGUUAUUUCAGGUUCGUUGGAACCUUUUCGACUAAAAUGAAAGAAUUUCGGAGUCCUCGAACAGGGGAAGAGUUCUAUGAGUCUUUCGAAGGAGCGCCUCUAUUAACAGCCGUACUUACUUAUCUGAGCUUUCUGAUUUUAAAUAUCUUGGGUCGACUUCAGGAUUUCCUUAGAUUUAUUCAUGUUUUAAAAAAUCACUCAGUAACAGAGCCUCCAAACACCAAAUCAUUUGUGCCUCUUUAUUCUUCGUACGAGGCAUUUUAUACUCGUAAUUUAUAUAGAAGAGUGCAAGAUUGUUGGAAUAGACCUAUUUGUUCAGCUCCUGGAAGUGAAAUUGUUGUGAUGGAUCGUAAAUCACCAGAUUGUGGUUGGACUUUGAAUUUCACAGGAACAACAUCGAAGGUUUUAAACUUGGGAUCAUAUAAUUAUUUGGGAUUCGGUGAUCCUACCGGACCUUGCACUGAUGCUACAGAAAAAGCUGCAAGAAAAUUUGGUGUAGGUGUAGCAAGUUCUAGGCAGGAGGCUGGAAGUUUAAUAUUGCACAAAGAACUCGAGGAUUUGGUCGCUGAAUUUGUAGGACAGGAAGCAGCUAUAGUUUUCAGUAUGGGGUUUUCAACUAAUUCCCUAAAUCUGCCAUGCCUAGUUGAUAAAGAUUGUUGUGUAGUCAGUGAUGAACUAAAUCAUACAAGUUUAGUUUUGGGAUGUCGGUUGACGGGAGCAACUGUACGUCGUUUUAAGCAUAAUGAUAUGGAAGAUUUGGAACGAGUUCUACAAGAUUCUGUUGUUUAUGGUCGUCCACGCACUCACAGACCAUAUAAAAAGAUCUUAGUUGUAGUUGAAGGCAUAUACAGUAUGGAAGGAAGUAUUCUUCAUCUUCCUGAAGUAAUUGCUUUAAAGAAGAAAUAUAAUGCUUAUCUUUAUUUGGAUGAAGCGCAUAGUAUUGGUGCAUUAGGUCAAAUGGGUCGUGGUGUGGCUGAUUAUUUUGGUGUUGAUCCACGUGAUAUUGAUAUUUCAAUGGGUACAUUUACAAAAAGUUUCGGUUCAUGUGGUGGAUAUCUAGCUGGAAGUCGAAAGUUAAUAGAUUAUAUUCGUUCAGUGUCAUAUAAUGCUGUUUAUGGUUGUAGUAUGUCAGGACCAAUAGCUCAACAAAUUAUAUCAUCCAUAAGAAUUAUUAUGGGGAAAGAUAUACCUGGUGAAGGUGAACGAAGAAUUAAAUGUUUAGCUGAGAAUAUACGUUAUUUUCGUGCAAGAUUACAUGAAAUGCGCUUGAUUGUAUAUGGAAAUCGCGAUAGUCCUGUUGUACCAGUUAUCAUUUGUAUGCCAGCUAAACUAACUGCUUUUUCGCGUAGGUGUUUAGAAUUAGGAUUAGGAACUGUGAUCGUUGGUUUUCCAGCUACAACUCUACUUUUAUCCAGAGUAAGAUUUUGCAUUUCAUCAGCACAUACACGGGAAUUAUUAGACAGGGCAUUAAAUAUAAUCGACCAAGUUGCUGAUGAAAUAGGAAUUCGUUAUAGUAAACAACCAAUUCCAGAAUGGGCUAAAGAAAUUUUAUGCAAAAAUAAGAGUCAUAGUUAUACAAAUGGUUUCUUAAGAAAUAUUGAACCAUCAGUUAACAAAUUACUCAAGAAAUCAACUUUCACUAAUUCAAAUAAAUUGAGAAAGCGCUGUUUAAAAAGAGAUACCAACGAAAAAUGUGGGAUUAAUACACACUUUUAACUAUAUGGCUAAAUGCUCCAUUGAUUGGCGCUUAGACGCAGACAAGAAUAUAAAACAUAAUAUUUCUUCCAUUGGAAAUUACUGGAUGCCUUGAUAUCCUCGACGCUUGGAGUAAAACUUUGAAUGUACACUACCUUUUUCUAUUGUCAUUUUCAUUUUUCUCUUUUUUUUUAUUCUACUUUUUAAAGUAACAUUUUUAAUUGUUACCAUUAUUGUUUUUCAAAAAAAAAAAUUCGUAUUCAAUGAUUAUACCUCAAUGUGGUUUCAAUAUUACAUAUCAAUGUGUGUGAAUUUAUUUUAAGAAUCUUUUUUAUCUACAACUCCACUUUUGGUUAAUCGUAUCUAAUUGGAAAAAUACUUAAUUUAUGCAAAUCAAUGAGUCUAGCUUUCAUGAUGAUUACCUCUCAAGUAAAUGUGAUAUAAAAUGAAUUCAUUCAAUCAUUUUCUUAAAGGAACAAC